GGGAUGGGGGCGGGAGCCAACAUGGAGCCCUCAAUGGGAUGAGGGUGAAACUGCCGUUGCCGGCUGCUCGUGUAGUCUCGUCCCAUCAUGUUGGUGCACUUAUUUCGGGUCGGGAUUCGGGGUGGCCCUGUCCCGGGCAGGCUGCUACCACCCCUCUGCUUCCAGACAUUCUCGGCCGUCAGGUCCUCUCAUGGCCGCCACAGCUCCUACCUCCUCAGGGCCGCAGCCCAGCUGAGGUCCCGGCUCCGGGCCCACCUCCUUCGAGCACCUCCACCUCCCAGCCGAAGACCCUGUGCCUGGCGCUGGGUUGGGGGAGUCCUUCUGGGCCCUGUGGUGUUGAGUAAGUGCCCCCGCCUUGGCCUCGUGGUGCUCUGUGAGGCAGAAGAGGCCCCGCCCCCCUGCUCCAGACCUUGUGCCGGGGAGGCCCGCUUUAACUGGAAGCUCUUCUGGCAGUUUCUGCGCCCCCACCUGCUGGUCCUAGGGGCAGCCAUCAUGCUGGCACUGGGUGCGGCCCUCGUGAAUGUGCAGAUCCCCCUGCUUCUGGGCCAACUGGUGGAGAUCGUGGCCAAGUACACGCGGGACCACGUGGGGAGCUUCUUGACCGAGUCCCGGCAUCUCAGCACCCACCUGCUCAUCCUCUAUGGCGUUCAGGGGCUGUUGACCUUCGGGUACCUGGUGCUGCUGUCACGCAUCGGCGAGCGCAUGGCCGUGGACAUGAGGAGGGCCCUCUUCAGCAACCUACUCCGACAAGACAUUGCUUUUUUUGAUGCUUUAAAGACUGGGCAGCUGGUGAGCCGGGUGACAACUGAUGUGCAGGAGUUUAAAUCAUCUUUCAAACUCGUCAUCUCCCAGGGGCUGCGAAGCUGCACUCAGGUGGCCGGCUGCUUGGUGUCCCUCUCCAUGCUGUCCCCCCGCCUCACGCUGCUGAUGAUGGUGGCCACACCCACCCUCAUGGGAGUUGGCACCCUGAUGGGCUCAGCUCUCCGAAAAUUGUCUCGCCAGUGUCAGGAGCAGGUUGCCAGGGCAACGGGCGUAGCAGAUGAGGCCCUGGGCAAUGUUCGGACUGUGCGGGCUUUCGCCAUGGAGCACCGGGAGGAGGAACGCUAUGGAGCGGAGCUGGAGGAGUCCCGCUGUAAGGCAGAGGAGCUAGGCCGAGGCAUUGCCUUGUUCCAGGGGCUCUCCAACAUCGCCUUCAACUGCAUGGUCCUGGGGACCCUGUUUAUCGGGGGCUCCCUUGUGGCUGGGCAGCAGCUGACAGGGGGAGACCUCAUGUCCUUCCUGGUGGCCUCCCAGACGGUGCAGAGGUCCAUGGCCAACCUCUCCAUUCUGUUCGGCCAGGUGGUGCGGGGGCUCAGCGCGGGGGCCCGAGUCUUCGAGUACCUGACUCUGAGUCCAUGCAUCCCGCUGUCUGGGGGCUGCCGCGUCCCCCAAGAGCACCUGCGCGGGGCCAUCGCAUUCCACGACGUCUGCUUCAGCUACCCCAGCCGCCCCGGCUUCCAGGUGCUACAGGACUUCACGCUCACCCUGCCCCCUGGCAAGAUCGUGGCGCUCGUGGGCCAGUCCGGUGGAGGAAAGACCACCGUGGCUUCCCUGCUUGAGCGCUUCUAUGACCCCACGGCGGGUGUAGUGACGCUGGAUGGACGGGACUUGCGCACCCUCGAUCCCUCCUGGCUCCGGGGCCACGUCAUCGGCUUCAUCAGCCAGGAGCCUGUCCUGUUUGGAACAACGAUCAUGGAAAACAUCCGCUUUGGGAAGCCGGGAGCCACGGACGAAGAGGUGUACGCAGCCGCCCAGGAGGCCAACGCCCACGAGUUCAUCACCAGCUUCCCGGAGGGUUACAACACCGUGGUCGGUGAACGGGGCGCAACCCUGUCUGGCGGCCAGAAGCAGCGCCUGGCCAUCGCCCGCGCCCUCAUCAAGCAGCCCGCGGUGCUGAUCCUGGAUGAGGCGACCAGCGCGCUGGACUCAGAGUCCGAGCGGGUGGUGCAGGAAGCCCUGGACCGCGCCAGCGCCGGCCGCACGGUGCUCGUCAUCGCCCACCGGCUCAGCACCGUGCGCGGAGCCCACCACAUUGUCGUCAUGGCCCACGGCCGGGUCUGUGAGGUGGGGACCCAUGAAGAGCUCCUGACAAAAGGCGGGCUGUAUGCCGAGCUCAUCCGGAGACAGGCCCUGGAUGCCCCAGCUCCUGACAUGCCCAGAGGCUCCAGGAACUGCGACCCCAAGUCCUGAGGGCAGCUGUCUGAGGUCUGGUCGCGGCCGAGCAUUGGUGCCCAGGGCCAAGGCUUAGCUCCAGGAGCUGCCAGGGACCAAGCACCCAGGACGGCCAGUGUGCUGGGGUCCAGGCGGCUGCUCUCCCCUACUCACAAUGAGACCUGGGCCUAGCACUGAAGUGGGGGACGUUGGGACUGCUCCCAUCCACUCCUGCUCCUGCUACCAGGCUGCGUCCCUCCUGCUGGAGCCAUAAAUCACAGAGGAGGAGGCAGAGUCCCCAGGCCCCCGCUCUGUUCCCUCCCUCUGCCCAGACCCUCCCGUCCCCUCAGAAAACCUGCCAAGUCUCCCCUCUACCUGAUAGCCUAAAGGUGUCCAGGCCCAGCUUCAGGGAAUCUUUAUAAAUCAGGCUCAGGAAGUGGGAAUGGGAAUUCACACUAGGGUGGCCCACACCCAUGCCAGGACCUCACCUUCCUGGACCCUGACUCCCCACUCUCCUCUGUCCCCACUGCCUCUCUGAGCCGUGGGAGAAGGAGCCCACCCCUUGGACCAGCCCCUCAAACCCAGUCCCCAUUCUGAGAACAACUUCCUUUCCUUCCUACUCCAUUAAGACGUCCUUUUUCUAGAAUUCAUCCCCACCCCCCACACCCCCAUCCAACAGAACAGGUGGGUUGGGACACCGGC